AAUCUACAAUGUUGCUGAUUUCUCUGUUCGCGAUUGUAUUGGUGGCUUCUGAGACACAUGGUGCUGUGAUCCCCGUCCUCGGGUCACAGGUCUCUUCCUCUUCAGUCUUCACCUUCGGCUCCACGAGCUACGGCCCACAGUUAGCCGUAGACGGCGGACUUGGCACCAACUUCAUUGCUGACAUGACUACGUUUGCAACGGCUACCACAGACACAGCCCCCUACAUGGACAUUGACCUGGGCAGCAACUUCGUCCUCCGCUCCGUCACCAUCACCAACAGGGGUGACUGCUGUUCCGAACGUCUUCGAAACAUCAGAAUCGAGGUGCAUGACAACAACCCAACUCUUGGAGGAACGCCUCAAGUGUGCGCCACAAUCGGCAGCCCCGCCCCCGCCGCCGCGUCGACCACGACAUUCACCUGCGCGGGAACACCAAUCGGAAGGUACAUCCGUCUUAACAAGUUCGCCAAGGCCGACGCUAAUGACAUCCUUCAGUUAGUAGAGGUGGUCCUAGAUGGCGUCCAGCUACAAUGUCCUUGCAACCACUUCCAACUGGACGAGAACUGUUUCUACUUCUCUGGAUUCCAAACAACCUAUGCCCAAGCGAAGGAAUACUGUAACAUCAUCGGAAGCGAUCUUGCCAUGAUCCGAACCCAGGCUCAGAGCGACUUUGUCAACGGUGUUCUCGCUGCCAAUGCUCAAAAUGGUCAAGAAUAUUGGAUUGGGGUGACCAAUCUUCUCGACCGUGUCCAGUGGCGAUAUCUGUUGGGUGACGUUGUUCCACUGAAUGGCUUCACCUCCCCACUCGUGAGCGGCACGGGCACCUGCAGCAGCUCUACUCUUACGACCCACCCUGAAAACUGCGCCGCCCUGGGGAAGAACGACGCCGGCCAAUGGGUGUGGGACGACGAACAGUGUAACAGUGAGGAGUACUUCCUCUGUCUGGGAAUCCUGCCCAUACCUACAUAGACUCUUU